UUUUCACUCUUUCAUCCAAGGACUGUACGGAUACUCUCCUCUCAGUACACAAUGGCCGAUUCAUCGGCAGAGCGUCACAAAAAUCUAGAUGCUUCAGCCCUUGCCAAUCUCCCCCAAAAUCAAUAUCAGCGCCUUGCAAGUGCAGGUCUGCCAAUUGUACUUCCUUGGAAUCAUGCUGCAAUUCGACUUGGGACAGGAUAUCACUCUAGCCGUCAACUCACUCACAAUCCAUGGGCUACAGAGUCACCUUUUCUCAUGGCAGAACUUGCGAUGACAGCCAAGACAUUUCACUCCGAGCGCGGAACGACUUCAACCUUUGUUUCUAAAAAGACUUUCACAGAGGAACAAAGCAAUGAUCAUACCGUGUGUGGAUUUGGCGUUGGUAUCGCACCGGCAGUUCCCGUCGUAGAAGUCAGUGUCAAGGGUACAUUCGACCAGCAAGUUCAAAGCAAUUCUGAUAGCGAGAAGAGAUCGAUCCAUACAACGUGUCGAUAUGGGCGUAUUGACCUAGAGAGAACUCCGCGUUUGACCACUUCAGCGGCAGCCUUGAUCGGACAAUCUGGUCUAGAAAGCUUUCAAGAAUGCUUCGGGGACUACUAUGUGGCGGGAUACAUUCUGGGAGCCGACACUGGAAUGCUUCUUAGUGCCUCAUCCUUUUCUCGGAAAGAGAUAAAUGAGGUUUCAGUAGAAACCGAGGCUCGGGUCCUCUGGUUCAAGACACACGCAACUUGGUCCACGGAAUUCACGUCUUUCGACGCAGGCAAAAAUGUCAAGGUUCUUGGUUAUGAUACGUUGGAUGAUCGAACUUGGCCAAAUCAUCCGGAACUACUUGCUAGAGACACUUUCACCUAUGGCUCACCACAGCAUGUAGAGAGCAUGGAAUUAGCCCAGAAAGAUUUAGAAACUCUGACGAAUUAUUCAGAAAAUCUACCAGGGAGAGUGGAUAAGAUAUUGCAGAGUAGCGGGUUAGACGACGGGGACUAUUUGACUUUUGAGCAAUGUGAGAAUCUGUGUAAACUCGGUGUUGUAGUGGAGUUGCUACUUUUGCCAAUGGCCAGAAUCCGGGAAGUCAUCGAAUGGCAGAGUAUUGAUAACACCAUAUGA